AUGUGCUAUUCACCGAACCAAAUACUUAUAUUAAGAGCUUUUUCCACUGCAUGUAUUGGCGAUCCUAUGGAAUUAAUUGCAAUAUUUGUUAAACCAUAUACUACCAGAAUCCCCUUUUUCCCUUCAAAAAAGAAACGCCCAAUAUUCUCUCCUGUUGUCAGCCCAGAUGUUCGUCCAACUUUAAAUACAGGUUGCGAAAUAUCGACUGAAUCAAGGUUUUUGAUAAUAUCUAUGGUACAUGAAAGACUAAUAGGCUCAUAUGACAAUAGUUCAAAUGUGCUGUCCGAUAUACCUUCUGGAUCAAAGUUUCGAAAGUUACCAUUACUUGUUUUUACUAGUGAAGCUAUGGCAGCAUCAACUCCAUAA